ACUACAUAAUGAAGAAGAAUGAUUUGGUCAGGCAAUGGGUAGCGCAAGGUUUUGUGAAUAAAGCACAUGGGCGAGAUCCAGAGAAUGUUGCAGAGGGCUAUUUUAAUGAGCUUAUUAACAGGAGCAUCAUUCAAUCAGUUAAUAUUGAUCAUAAUAAUGAAGUGUUGUCGUGCAGAUUGCACGAUAUGAUGCUUGACCUUAUUAUACACAAGUGCAGAGAAGAAAAUUUUAUCACUGCAACAGAUGAUAUCCAGGCCAUAAUAGGUUUGCCUGACAAGGUCCGCCGACUCUCCCUGAACCUUGACGGUAUAAUAGAUGGCACGGUAUUGGAAACCAUCCAGCUCUCACAAGUAAGAGCGCUGGCAAGAUUUGGUACCUCUGCAUAUGCACCUCCUCUCUUGAAGUUCAAGCAUCUCCGAGUUUUAGCUCUUGAAUUUUCAAGUGGGAACAGUCUGGAGAUAAUUGACCUCACUGGAAUGUGUCAUUUGUUCCAACUGAGGCAUCUGAAAAUUAAAGCUUAUUGCAAAAUAGUGUUACCAAGUAAUAUUCGGGGACUGGAGCAAUUGGAGACAUUGGAGUUGGGAGCCUAUGGUCUUGAAGUUCCCUCAGAUGUUAUUCAUUUGCGCCGGUUGCUGCACCUGAUCAUCCCUAUUGGGACAAAGUUACCCUGUGGGAUUGGCAACAUGAAAUAUUUAUGUACGCUGCAUGGGUUUGAUAUAGGCUUGAACUCAAUGGAUAACAUCAGAGACCUCGGAGAUCUGACCAAUUUAAGGGAUCUUCAAAUAUGUUUUGCCGAAUUGGAGCCUUUGGAUGACAUGGAAAGAAGACAAUGCUUGGAUGUUUUGAGAUGUUCCCUUGAAAAACUUUGCAACCUCAGAUACCUGCUCACUGAUUCUAAAAUCAGUAGUACGUAUGCCUUGAAUCCGCUAUCCGCUUCUACUUGCCUACUUCAGAGGCUUCAGAGGUUGUGGGUGUUCUCGAGGGUUCCUGUGUGGAUUGGAGAGCUCCAUAAUCUCUUUGACCUUGAUCUUGCGGUUGAGGUGUUGGAGAAUGAUAUCGGAAUUCUUGCACAGUUGCAAUCUCUUAGCCACCUCAAAUUGCACAUCGAAGGAACUCCUGAAGCUGAAGAUAAGUUAGUCAUCUGCGGAACAGGAUUCCCCGUUCUCAAGGAUUUUAGGCUGUCCUCCAAGAAUAUAUCAGAACUGACGUUUGAAGCAGGCGCAAUGCCCAGUGUCCAAGAGCUUGAUAUAAGAUUAGAUUCGCACUAUGGCACUUAUCCUAUGGGCAUCAAGCACCUGCUAAGCCUCAAGAAUAUCCACAUGGAACUAUGGGUUCUAAGCCCCCUUGAUGAUGGCUUCAGAUGGAGGAAGUACCGCCAGAAGGACAUCCUUGGCGCCAAGCACCCAAGAGGUUACUUCCGGUGCAUAUACCGGCACUCGCAGGGAUGCAAAGCGGAGAGGCAGGUGCAGCGCACAGACAAUGACUCGGAAAGCUUUCAUAUCACGUACCAUCUGAAGCACACGUGUAACCACACGGUCCCGCUGCCACAACCAGGACAGGAGCAGAGCGUCCAGGUGCCACAGCUAUGGUUUCCUUGGCUAUGGUUUCCUUGACUAUGUGACCGAUGUUUGUCACGGUGAGCUAUGGUUUCCUUGGCUGGUGUCACGGCCUGACAGGGUCCCUGUCCACGCCCCCUGAAAUGAGAACAAAAAAAAAGGCUUCCAAAAGUAAUCACGCCCCCUGAAAUGAGAACAAAAAAAAAGGCUUCCAAAAGUAAUCAAUCAGGAAACCGGCCAGUCAUUAAGCUGGUACUGGUAGCACAAUUCUGUAUCUCGCGUGCCUGUCAUUUUAAUUUCCAUUUGUUUGUCUCGGCCCUUGUUGCAUUCUUCUCUCUUUUACUUUGAUGUAAUAUGCACAUUUGUACUAGAUGCCGAUAUUGUUUCCAAGUUGACCAUCUGUACCUGUAAGCAUGAUUUGGGCAUGAACAUAUUCAUACUUGGGUUCUUCA